AAAAAGGAUACUCUCACUUUUUCCCUCUCUCUAUCUCCAAUCCAUCUCUGUUUCCCCUUGUUUUUAAAACCCCCCAUUCACUCCCUUUCCAUUCCCUUCACCAUGGAAAACCACAACAAAAACCCGCAACACCACCCAACCACCGUAAACAACCGCUCAAUGUCCGACACCGACGAAGAAUUCCAUUCCCCUCUCCGAUCCCCACUUCAAGACAACUUCCCCUCUUCUCCAUCAAAAGCCAUCAUUCCCCUCGACAACAAAUACUACACCCGAUCUCCGCCGUCCAACACCCACAAACCACCACUUCCGCCGUCCGUAACGGGGAUCGCUUAUAGUCGUACAGGUAGAGAAGACCCAGUUACUGGAGUUGCCAAAGGUGAAGAUGUGAACGGUGGUGGAGGCGAUACACGGCCGAGGACGGCGUCCUCGCCGGUGACAACUAGAAGGUCGAAAAAAGAAGUGAUGGUGGAUCGGGCGGAGUUAGGGUUUAGGGUAUUGGCAAUGGUGCUGUGUUUGAUUGCUUUUAGUGUUAUGGCAAGUGAUAAGACUCAAGGUUGGAGUGGUGAUUCUUUUGAUAGAUAUCGAGAAUACAGGUAUGUGGUAGCAGUAAAUGCUAUUGGUUUUGCAUAUGCAGCAUUUCAAGCAAUCGACAUGACAUAUGUCGUAAUUUAUGGAAAACAUAUAAUCUCGUACUCUCUUCGUCCUCACUUUGACUUCCUAAUAGAUCAGAUAUUGGCUUAUCUCUUGAUAUCGGCAUCAUCUUCAGCAGCCACCAGAGUCGAUGACUGGGUAUCUAAUUGGGGAAAGGACGAUUUCACAGAAAUGGCUACUGCUUCAAUAGGAAUGUCCUUUCUAGCCUUUAUUGCAUUUGCCCUUAGUUCUCUCAUAUCUGGUUACAAUCUCUGUAAUCACAACUCUCUCUAGUCUUCUGUUUUUGAGAUAACGUAUACCUAUGCCAUCCAAAGUAUUAUGGUGUCAGGAACCAAGGGUAUAAUACAGGAAUAAUUUGGUGGCCUAAGUAUACAUUAUCUCCUUAUUUGUCUAGAUAUAUAUGAUCCUAGUUCUGGAUAGUCAGCUGUCAAGUGACACAAGGCGUGCUGAUGAGAGGCAGUUUUACACAAAAUAUUCAAUUGUAAAGGCGGUGUACAGGCAAGAGGCGAUGUGAUAAAUCUAUAGAGUAGUUUAUGGGUCACUUUUGAGGUUUAAAAAACGGGUUGUGUGGCUGAAAUAAAAUAACCGUUCCACUAUAUUUGCAUCCAAGAUUUGUUGCAUAUCAAAUGGGACUUCCCAUUGUAUAUAGAAAAUGUUAGAUCUAAUAUCGAUGGAGGGCUUUUGAUGA